AGUUGUCACAUUCCUGGUUCGGUCCGGUCCGGUUCGGUCAGCAGGUCAACCUCAGCCCGGUAACUCUCUGUUGACCUUCAUCUCUGCCGUCCAUCCAUCAUGAGGGAAAUCGUGCACAUCCAGGCUGGCCAGUGUGGAAACCAGAUUGGGGCAAAGUUCUGGGAGGUGAUCAGUGACGAGCACGGCAUCGACCCAACAGGAACCUACCACGGAGACAGCGACCUGCAGCUGGACCGGAUCAGUGUGUACUACAACGAAGCCACAGGUGGGAAGUAUGUCCCCAGAGCCAUCCUUGUUGAUCUGGAACCAGGCACCAUGGACUCGGUCCGCUCUGGACCCUUUGGACAGAUCUUCAGACCGGACAACUUUGUGUUUGGUCAGAGUGGUGCUGGAAACAACUGGGCCAARGGUCACUACACGGAGGGGGCGGAGCUUGUGGAUUCCGUCCUGGACGUGGUGAGGAAGGAGGCSGAGAGCUGUGAGUGUCUGCAGGGUUUCCAGCUCACACACUCCCUGGGGGGCGGCACGGGCUCRGGGAUGGGGACUCUGCUCAUCAGUAAGAUCCGGGAGGAGUACCCCGACCGCAUCAUGAACACCUUCAGUGUGGUCCCCUCCCCAAAGGUGUCGGAUACGGUGGUUGAGCCGUACAACGCCACGCUGUCCGUCCACCAGCUGGUGGAGAACACSGACGAGACGUACUGCAUCGACAACGAGGCUCUCUACGACAUCUGCUUCCGCACGCUGAAGCUGACCACGCCCACUUACGGAGACCUGAACCACCUGGUGUCGGCCACCAUGAGCGGCGUCACCACCUGCCUGCGUUUCCCCGGCCAGCUGAACGCCGACCUGCGGAAGCUGGCCGUCAACAUGGUGCCCUUCCCCCGCCUGCACUUCUUCAUGCCGGGCUUCGCGCCGCUGACGAGCCGCGGCAGCCAGCAGUACCGCGCCCUGACCGUGCCCGAGCUCACGCAGCAGGUGUUCGACGCCAAGAACAUGAUGGCGGCGUGCGACCCGCGGCACGGCCGCUACCUGACGGUGGCCGCCGUCUUCCGGGGCCGCAUGUCCAUGAAGGAGGUGGACGAGCAGAUGCUGAAYGUGCAGAACAAGAACAGCAGCUACUUCGUGGAGUGGAUCCCCAACAACGUGAAGACGGCCGUCUGCGACAUCCCGCCGCGCGGCCUCAAGAUGGCCGUCACCUUCAUCGGCAACAGCACCGCCAUCCAGGAGCUGUUCAAGCGCAUCUCUGAGCAGUUCACCGCCAUGUUCCGCCGCAAGGCCUUCCUGCACUGGUACACGGGCGAGGGCAUGGACGAGAUGGAGUUCACCGAGGCCGAGAGCAACAUGAACGACCUGGUGUCCGAGUACCAGCAGUACCAGGACGCCACGGCCGAGGAGGAGGGCGAGUUCGAGGAGGAGGUGGAGGAGGACGCCUGAGCGGAGGAACACAAGAGUUCAAACCAAAAAUAGGAAGAAAAAUGUGAAACAAAGUGAAGGAAUGUUGUGCAGCAGAGGAGAAAAUCAGACCAAAUUAAUGUGCCAUAACUUCUGUUUUCUGUUCGAUCCGUUUAAAUCUGCAUCAAAACCCAAAAACAAGCUCCCUCUUUGCCAAAUUUAUUGUUUUCCAUGGCAUUACCUCCUCUGACAAACAGUAUUAUCAGAAAAUAUCAGUUAAAAGUUCAGCUUGUAUCAGAACAAACAGGUUUGUAUUAUUUUUAUCAGGAAACACUCGGUGAUAAAUGUGAAUUUAAGUUAAAUGUUAAACCUCAGCAGUGUUUAUUUACCUGAUUAAACCUCAGCAGUGUUUGUUUACCUGAUUAUUUGCUUUUUUUGUCAGUUUUUUUGGUCAGAAUGUUUACUGUUGAACAUCUCAGUCGUGUCGCUUCCAGUUUCUUGUUUUCUUAUUUAAUUUUUUUACAAAAAGCAAAUGUUCAAUCCACACRAACAGAUAAAUAUUCAGUUAAAUGUUUACUCUGAGCUGUCAGUUUCUGUUCUCUUCCUGGGAAACGUUCAGGAUCCUGUUGACCGAAAGGAAACGUUUGGGAGAAAUAAAAGUCAUUUGGAUGAAAACCA